AUGGAUGACCUGAAAUUGAUUUCUGGGGCUCUCUCCGGCUCCCCCUCCAGCCUCCUCUUGCUGAGGGGUCAUGGCCGAGCUCCCGUCCAGGUGCACCUCACCUUGCACCCCAAGUGCCUGAGGAUCCGUGGGCUCUCGGUGUAUGAGGACGAGAAGCAUCACACAUGGCUGCAUCUUGUCAUGGACACAGGUGUCCUGCAAGUACAGUUGUGCCAGGAAGCCAUUCCCAGUGGGCAUAUGGGACUCACCAUCAGCCCGCUGACCUUGAGCACCAUGCCUUGGAUGUGGACGCUCCAUUCUGGCAGCAAGUACGUGGACCCCAUGAGCCGGUUCUGGCGCAUCAUGCACCACGUCAAGGAGAAUGGCGUGGAGGAAAUGAAACUUGAGCUGAUGGACGACUCAUAG